CUCCCUGAUAUUCGAAGCUAAGAACUGCUUCCUCAUCCCACUCACAUUCACCAGGUCGACCUCAAUUCUUGCACCCUAGCUGGAAAAAGAAGGAUUGAUCUUCCUCGCGGGGUGUAUCCCUAACCUUGGUGCACCAUGUCUGUUUCGAUACAGGAGCUGGAUAACACUGUCCGAGCUUUCUACGAAGGCUCAGGCGAUGUUAGAAAACAAGCGCAACAAUCAUUAACAGAGUUCAAACAAAACCCCGAGGCCUGGUUAUUAGUGGGAAAUAUUCUACAAGAGUCGAACUAUGUUCAAACAAAAUAUUUGGCCUUGCAGGUCUUAGACGAUGUGAUUAUGACACGAUGGAAGGUUCUUCCGCGAGAGCAAUGUCAAGGUAUCCGAAACUUCAUCGUCAAUUGCAUCAUUGAGCACUCCAAAACUGAGGAAAAGUUGAAGAGCGAAAGAGCAUUUUUGAAUAAACUCAACCUCGUCCUCGUUUCGAUCUUGAAACAAGAAUGGCCGCAUAAUUGGCCUACGUUUAUUAACGAAAUAAUUUCAUCUUGCCACACGAGUUUGUCCAUCUGCGAGAACAACAUGGCGAUCCUUCGUUUAUUGUCCGAGGAAGUUUUCGACUAUUCCCAGGACCAAAUGACUUCGACAAAGGCACGGAACCUGAAAACCACAAUGUGUCAAGAGUUUUCUUCUAUAUUUCAACUAUGUUCCGAGGUUCUUAAUACUGCUACUCAAAGCAGCUUAAUCAAAGCGACACUAGAAACGCUUCUCCGGUUUCUCAAUUGGAUCCCGUUAGGUUACGUUUUUGAGACACCUAUCAUCAAUACUCUUCUCAAUCGUUUCUUGGACGUGCCCGACUUUCGAAACGUAACAUUAAAGUGCUUGACCGAGAUCGGGAGUCUACAGGUUGGACCUCAAUUUUCGUACGACGAGAAGUUGGUACAGAUGUUUACGGAGACUUUGACAACUGUUUCCAAAAUCAUUCCCCUAUCAUUAGAUUUAAGGCAAACUUACGCGGCUAGCAACUCCAGGGAUCAAGAGUUUGUUCUCAACUUGGCACUUUUUCUCACAAACUUCUUUAGUGUGCGCUUACAUCUUAUCGAAAGGCUCCCCAAUCUUGACUACCUGACUCACGGACAUUUUUACCUCAUCCGCAUUAGCCAAAUUGACGAUCGUGAGAUUUUCAAGAUCUGUCUGGAGUACUGGACAAGACUAGUCCAGGAGCUAUAUGAAGAAAUGCAGCAACUCCCAAUAACGGAUAUCAACCCUUUAGUUAGCAUGGGUGUGAGCGGUUUGUCAAAUGGAGGGGCUCCUAAUCCUAGCACUCUUGCCAAUUAUCCUCUUCGCAAACAUAAAUACGCCGAGGUCUUGUCGAGUCUCAGAACUGUGAUGAUUGAAAAGAUGGUGCGGCCGGAAGAAGUGUUAAUUGUCGAGAAUGAUGAAGGCGAAAUCGUUCGCGAAUUCGUCAAGGAGAGUGAUACGAUCCAGCUAUAUAAAACUACAAGGGAAUGUUUGGUAUAUCUUACGCAUCUUGAUGUUGUCGAUACAGAGAAUAUCAUGGCAGACAAGCUAGCCAAGCAAGUUGAUGGGACCGAGUGGUCAUGGGCGAACUGCAACACUUUAUGUUGGGCCAUUGGGUCGAUAUCUGGAGCAAUGAAUGAAGAAACAGAAAAGAGAUUCCUCGUCACCGUUAUUAAAGAUCUCCUUGGACUCACCGAAAUGAAGCGCGGGAAAGAUAACAAAGCAGUGGUGGCGAGUAACAUCAUGUACAUCGUCGGACAGUAUCCCAGAUUUUUGAAAGCACACUGGAAGUUCUUGAAAACGGUGGUUAACAAGCUUUUCGAAUUCAUGCAUGAAACUCAUGAAGGCGUCCAGGAUAUGGCCUGUGAUACAUUUAUUAAAAUUGCCAACAAAUGUAAAAGGCAUUUUGUUGUGCACCAGCCCGGCGAGGCAGAGCCCUUCAUCGACGAAAUUAUUGGAUCAAUGAGCAAGAUUACCUGCGACUUGUCCCCUCAGCAAAUUCACACUUUCUAUGAAGCUUGCGGCUAUAUGAUUUCCGCCCAGGGUCAAAAGUCAAUACAGGAUCGGUUGAUUGAAAACUUGAUGUCAUUACCAAAUGCCGCGUGGGAUAGCAUUAUAAAUCGGGCGAACCAGGAUCCUGCAACUUUGCAAGAUGGGGAGACGAUUAAAGUUGUAGGUAACAUCAUGAAAACGAAUGUCGCUGCGUGUUCCUCGAUCGGGAGUUAUUUCUAUUCCCAAAUAGGCCGUAUUUAUCAUGAUAUGCUGAACAUGUACCGGGCUUCCAGUCAACUGAUUAACGAUGCGGUUGCGAGAGAUGGAAACAUUGCCACUAAAACUCCAAAAGUUCGUGGACUUAGGACCAUCAAAAAGGAAAUUUUGAAGCUCAUCGAUAUCUACGUUGAAAAAGCGGAUGAUUUGGACAUGGUUAACACCAGAAUGGUACCGCCACUUCUCGAAGCUGUCCUAGUAGACUAUAAUCGAAAUGUGCCAGAUGCUCGAGAGGCAGAAGUUUUGAAUGUUAUGACUACCAUUAUUCAUAAACUUCAUAAUCUCAUGGAAGAUAAGGUUCCAAUCAUUAUGGAGAGCGUCUUUGAAUGCACUCUCGAGAUGAUUAAUAAAGAUUUCCACGAGUAUCCGGAGCAUCGUGUCAGCUUUUUCAAGCUUCUCCAGGCUAUCAAUCUCUAUUGCUUCCCAGCCCUCCUUAAAUUGGACGCCAGCCAGUUCAAAUUUGUUAUCGAUUCUUGCAUGUGGGCUAGUAAACAUGAUAACCGAGAAGUGGAAAACACUGGCCUUACCAUGUGUCUUGAACUAAUGAACAACAUGGCAGAGACUGACCUACAAACGUCAAGCAUUUUCUUCCGUCAAUUUUACAUUCCCAUUUUGCAGGAUGUUUUCUUCGUUCUCACUGAUACGGAUCACAAAGCCGGUUUCAAGUCUCAAGCGAUGCUCCUUUCGCGCAUGUUCUUCUUCGUUACUACCAAUAAAAUCCAACAGCCCAUCUAUUCCCCUGAACAAGCACCUAUGGGAACUUCAAACAGAGAAUUUUUACAGGAAUAUGUGGGAAGUUUGCUCCAGAGUGCCUUUAAAAACCUUCAAGAGGUGCAAGUAAAACAGUUUGUUCAAGGCCUAUUCACUCUGAACGAUGACUUUGCGAAGUUCAAGACGCAUCUGAGAGACUUUUUGAUUUCACUAAAAGAGUUUGCCGGGGAUAACGCGGAGUUGUAUGCUGAAGAAAGGGAACAAGCCCUUAGAGAAGCAAAGGCUGCUGAAAGAGACCGGGCAAUGAAAGUGGGCGGUCUCUUAAAACCGGCGGAGAUGGACCAGGAGGAUGAACUUUGACUCGACGAGGAGUUGCGGACAGAAUUUGAAAGGUCCGCCGAUCGCUGUGCCCAUCGCUCGCGGACAUCGUAUUCAAAGGGUUUUAUCUUUGAUGGGUGGGAGCUCUACGGUGUCUAAAACCCCAUUACAACACAAAUCCAGAUUAAACCCAGGCUUGGACCGCUUUCGAAGUGCCCCCGCUUGUUAGCUACCCGCCUCCGCCGCACAAGCAACGACGAGCGGUAAUGCCUCGCUUAUGAGGACGUGAUAAGCUACUAUUUUAAGAGAUCAGGAAACCACAAAAUAGGGAGACAUGUGUUUAAUUUUGAGCAGUGUAUCAAUAUUGUCCAUCCACUUGUAUUGUUGGAUGUAUCCACAUUGCCAUUUCCAUUUGUUGGCACAGCUCAACACUGUGAUAGUGCUGACCUUGGAGGCUGUAGAUAUUCAUAUUUCAAGAAUAUCAAUUUAAAUCAAUGGUAUUGGAUGUCGGAACUCCACAUGUACUGGGACCGGCCCGUCA